AGUUCAGACCAAUUCAGUUGUGUGAGGCACAACGGAGAACCCUCCACCUGGCAAGAAUUUUUCAAUUUCUACCAUUGAUUUCGUUCGCUAAGAAUUUAUUAAUCAGUUGACGUGAGAUUAUACCGCCUCGUAAAAAUAAUUGUCUGUCGUUGUAGUGAUUUGACCAGUGGGAGAGAUAUCUCCUUUUGUCAGGGGUACCCGGAGCAUUUGUGUUGUAACAAUGUUGGGUUUUUAGGUUAAAUAUAGAGAUACAACUAGUGAAAUGGCGGAAAAGGCGAUAAUGAAGCAAAUCGCUGAGCAAAAGCUCAAGGCAUUCUCAAUCGGAACUAUGGGCAAGCGACCGUUGAGUAAGAAGGAGGUGGAGGAGCAGAGGAAGAAGGAACAAGAGCAAGCCGCUGCUCAAGCCUUUGAGGAGUUUGUUGCCACCUUUCAAGAGACACCCAACAAAACAACCAGUAAAGUUUGGGUCAAAGCUGGUACUUACGAUGCUGGUAAGAGGCAGGAGGACACCAGGGAGAAGGGAAAACUCUAUAAACCACAGUCCAAAAUAUCGGAACUCGUGGACAGCAGAUCGUCUGCUGAACAGGCACAGGAGUAUGCCAAGCUUCUUGGCAGCAAUGAACGCAAAGCUGACAGACUUGGAAAGAAGAAGAAGGAGGGUGAGAAGAAGAAGAGCAAUUUGGAGUUAUUCAAAGAAGAGCUCAAGAUGAUUCAGGAGGAGAGGGAGGAGAGGCACAAGUACAAGGGGGCUGUGAAGAAUGUUAUCACUACGCAGUCGGAGGAUCCUAUGUUGGCUGCCUUGAAGUGUGUUGAAGAUGGGUCUUUUGAUAAUGGUGAUCCCAACACCACUAACCUGUAUUUAGGAAAUUUAAAUCCUAAAAUCACAGAGCAACAGCUGAUGGAGAUAUUCGGAAAAUUCGGACCUCUAGCUAGCAUCAAAAUUAUGUGGCCGAGGAGUGACGAGGAGAAGGCUAGACAGAGAAAUUGCGGAUUCGUCGCAUUCAUGAGCAGGCGGGAUGGGGAAAGAGCAUUGAAAAGUCUCAAUGGUCGAGAUAUAAUGCAAUACGAAAUGAAACUGGGCUGGGGUAAAAGUGUGCCAAUACCACCAUAUCCAAUCUACAUUCCACCAGCCCUGAUGGAGCUCACCCAACCACCACCACCCUCCGGCCUUCCCUUCAACGCUCAACCACACCGUCGUGAUAGACACAAGAUACCACGUAUCCGCAACCUCCAGAGCGCGGACCCCCAGGAAAAGGAAAACUUUGAAAAGAUAUUGCAGAAUGCUGUUGUCAAAGUGGUUAUUCCAACAGAAAGGAACUUAGUAAUGUUGAUACAUAGAAUGGUGGAAUUCGUCAUUCGGGAGGGACCCAUGUUCGAGGCCAUGAUCAUGAAUAGAGAACUCAACAAUCCGAUGUUCAGAUUUUUAUUUGAGAACUACUCACCAGCCCACACGUAUUAUCGGUGGAAGUUGUAUUCAAUUCUGCAGGGAGAUGGGCAGAAGGAGUGGCAGACGGAUGAUUUUCGCAUGUUCAAAGGAGGAAGUGUAUGGAGACCACCUCCGAUAAAUCCGUGGACUCAGGGGAUGCCUGAGGAAUUAAUUGAAGUCGAGGAGAGACAGGAACCAAGACGAGGAAGCUUAUCGAAUAGCCAAAGAGACCGACUAGAAGACCUCCUUCGAAAUAUUUCUCCGGAGCGUUUGAAAGUAGCAGAAGUGAUGGUGUUCUGUAUUGAGCACGCAGAAGCAGCUGAAGAAAUAUGUGACUGCAUAGCAGAGUCUCUCUGCAUUGUGCAGACACCCGUUAGCAAGAAGAUUGCACGUCUCUACCUGAUCUCCGAUAUUCUCCACAACUGUGGAGUCAAGAUGACGAAUGCCACUAUCUACAGGAAGGCGUUUGAGGCGCGUCUCCUUGGGAUAUUCGUGGAGGUUCACGAAGCCUGUAAACAGUUCGAGAGUAAAUUGAAAACCGAGAGUUUUAAGGCCCGUGUAAUGAGGAUCUUUAGGGCCUGGGAGGAUUGGGCAGUUUAUCCUCGAGACUUCCUCGUCAGACUCCAGAAUACGUUCCUAGGGCUCGUCACGACUGACGAGCCAGAAGCCGUCGAAGAUGAGGAUAUUGAUGGGGCGCCUCUGUCAGAUGCCGAUGGAGAUCCUAACGAGGAUUUGGAUGGAGUACCUCUUGAUGGUGCUGCUCUCCUCAAGGGGGCCAUGAAGCUCGGAUUGACCCCUCAACCCAGCAAUAAUUAUGACGACAUCGAUGGUAUCCCCAUGGAUGAUGACAUUGACGGCAUUCCAAUGGAUGACGACAAUCGUUCCAACUCUAGAGGUAAAUCCAACGAGAAGAAGCUAAUUAUGCCGGCAGGAUUCGUACCCUCCAGGUGGGAGACUGUAGAUCCUGAUCAGGUCGAGGCACAGGCUAUGACGACGAGCAAAUGGGAGGAAUUGGAGCAGAACGACGACUCCAAUUCGCAGGAUGCUAGCAUGGAUUCUGGGGGGAGGGAUUACAAUGAGGAGAGGCGAACCAGAUUGAGGGAGAUUGAGGUCAAGACUAUGCAGUAUCAGGAUGAGCUGGAGAGUGGCAGGAGGAGUCUCAAGUCGGGGAUGACCAUCCAGGCGCAGGUCGAGCAUUACAGGAAGAAACUCAUUAGAAAGUACGCUUUACAGAGUGAAAGAGAUACGAAAGACCACAAGAUUGAGGAAAGAGACGAUGAGAGAAGACGUGAACGACGUAGAAGCGCUUCCUCAGACUCGUCAGUUCACUACAGAGAUAAAAGGAGAACCUCCCCGAAUUCUCCCCCAAAAUCGCGUGAGAAGUACAGAUCGCGUAGCAGAUCCCCCAGGAGUAAGCGAAAAUCCCGUUCACCCCACAGAAAACGGGCGCCAGUGACGCCAUCACCCCCCAGAAUUCGCAUGACUCCAUCGCCCGUGUUCUCCUCGUCGAGAUCAUCUCGACGAUCCCCUGGUAGCGAGAGGAGUGAAAGAAGCGACAGAAGUGAACGCAAGAGGCGAGCCAGGUCUCCUUCUAUGUCUCCACCACCACCACCCAGGAGUAACGUAAAACAUCGGGGCAGCAGCCCCUCGUCACCCGCGAGAAAACACAGACACAAGCACAAAUAUUGA